AUGGCGUUGGAUCGUGAUGAUGCCCACCACCAUGACUUGAUUAUUGCAUUUGGUGAAUUGGCUAUUGUUUCACUUGAUCUUCGGACUGAGACAUCCACGCAGUUCUUGCUGCCUCAAGUUCUUGAUACAGUGUACAUGCUAGAUUCCUCCCAUGUAGGAUUUGAAUGGGGCUAUCAUGACAGUUUGGUAGUUUUGAAGGACUGUUUGGCUCUCUUUUUUCACAAUCACACCAAAAGAAUUAUUUCCAUAUGGCAGAUGAAAAAGUUUGGCGAUCGUAAAUCUUGGACAUUUUCUCUCAACAUCAACAUGCAAGAUCUUCAGCUUCACUGCAUGCCAUGUCCUUACUUACAGCCAUUGAUAAUGCUUGAGAAUAAAGUUCUCAUCCUCGACUCUACACAUAAGAAAAUCAGAAUAGUUACAUUUGAUGGUCGUGGUAAUGUACUAGAACAUCAUCACAUUUCCACCGACUUAUACAGGAUCUUUCCUACGAGUUAUGUUCAAACCUUGGUUUCGCCCAUAAGUCACUAG